CCAUGGACCAUCUGUCUCACUGGCUGCCCACACAACAAAGAAGGACCCAGGAUGGUGUUAGUACAUGUUGGAUAUCUGGUUCUCCCCGUCUUCGGCUCAGUUAGAAACAGAGGAGCACACUUCACCAGGCAUCAACACAGCCAUGCUACCUCCUGCCGACACUUUCACCUGGGUGCUCCCCAGGCACCCAUCUCAGCAGAGUUCCCUCUAGGACAUGCCAGCCAGCCGCCUCAGACCGGCCUGGCCACCCACCUGCCCCCGGCACACCACCCGCCCCUCACUGCCCUGCCUGCACCCCCUCAGUUUCAGGAUGUGCCAGGGCCUCCAUUCCUACCUCAGGCCUUACACCAGCAAUACCUCAUCCAGCAGCAGCUUCUUGAAGCGCAGCACCGCAGGAUUCUCCCACACUCCAGAAGAACCCAGGAGCGACUCCCUCUGAACCCCCACCGACUGCGCUCAGGCUACGAGUACUCCCCUCCCCUCCAUGUCCCCCAGCCAAUGACACAGCAGCAGCGGUACCUGGCCGAAGGCACCGACUGGGAUCUCAGCGUUGAUGCUGGCCUCCCUCACCACCAGUACCAACUCCAGCAGCUUCCGCAGCACUAUCAGCAUUACCUGGCCUCCCCUCGAAUGCACCACUUUCCCAGGAACACAUCCUCUGCACAAGUGGUUGUGCAUGAAAUCAGAAACUACCCGUACCCCCAGCUGCACCUGUUGGCACUGCAAAGUCUGAAUCCUUCAAGGCACGCCACUGCUGUGCGGGAGAGUUACGAGGAGCUGCUGCAGCUGGAAGACCGGCUGGGGAGUGUCAGUAGAGGAGCUGUUCAGACAACCAUAGAGAGAUUCACCUUUCCACACAAAUACAAGAAGAGAAAGCCCCUGCAGCUGAAGAUUGGGGAGGAGGAGGAAACAGAUGUGGAUGAGAAGUGCACCAUCUGUUUGUCCAUGCUGGAGGAUGGAGAGGACGUCAGGAGAUUGCCCUGUAUGCAUCUCUUCCACCAGGGCUGCGUGGACCAAUGGCUGGCCACCAGCAGGAAGUGUCCGAUCUGUCGAGUUGACAUCGAAACACAGCUGAACCCUGACAGCUGAUGAGAUUUCAACCCCCCUACUCCUUGUCAAUCACCCUCGUGUGGUUCCUGCUUACUUCCACCCCGGCUUGCCGGCCCUCUCCCUUCUCCCCCUGUUGGGUGCUUUGCCAAAUGUCUCCAGACUUCAUGUGACAUCACCACCCUUCUGACUCACGCUUUACUGAGCCAAGCCAGGAAAACUAACUGCACGAGAGGCAGCGAAGGUCUCUCUUUAUAUAGAAGCACAUCCCUCUGGAGGCAAAAGACACGCAGACACACAUACUCAUGUACACAGGGUUUACUUGUAGCUUGCUGGUUGUAAGUGGGGUGUUGUUGCUGUUGUGGUGUUGUACUGUAGGUAGCCCCGGGCUGUGUAGCAUGUCCUCAAAGCCAUGACUUAAUGUCCUGAGAGUGGAAAAACACAUAACCCCACACUGCUGGCUACUUUCUCUCUUUUUCUCUCUCUCUUUCUAUAUAUAUAAAUAUAUAUAUUUCUCUCUUUUCCAACACACUUCAAUCAAAGUGAAUAUUCUGCCACACAAGAAAGCUUAACAAAUGCUCUGAUGCCAUGUUUACCUAAAGAUCAUUUGUGGUCGUAGUAGAGUAGCAGUAACCAACAAGUGAUAUCCGAUACGCCGUCGCCUUCUUGGGAGGGGGCGAGCAACGGCUAGCUGAGUGUUUUAAUUCUAUCAUGCAGCUUUGACAUUUUGCAAUACAGUUGUACAUUUACCUUGGGUUGGUGUCAUGUGAGAUGGUGUUAUGUGAGUAGGUCUCCCUCACUGCCGUGGAGCCCGGUGAUUGAGUCUUUGUGUGUUUUAAAACAUAAAAAAAAAAUAGGUAGAAAGUGUUUUUACCAAAAUGCAUUUUGUCACGGUGUAGCUUGAACCUGGUUCACGUGUGUGUGUGUGUGUGUGUGUGUGUGUGUGUGUGCGUGCGUGUGUGUGCUCUGCCCUGCUGUGUGCGACUUUAAAGAAUGUGUCUAACAAAUGUGUGAGUGCAAAUAUGUUUCAAGGGUUCGAGGCAACACCAAGACGUUAACUCACUGUAGGUUAACGGCAUGGCCACUUGAGAGCUUAUACAACACAAAGCCAAAAAAAAGGGAUGAAAAAAAAAGGAAUCAGGCACUGCAGAGUGAGGUGGGAGGAAGACUUAGCUGUCUUUGUACCUGUAUCUUCAUCUGGCGCAGGGCCAGCGGCAGAGUGUACUAAAAAUGCAUGUUUCAUCGUUGACUUGGGCUGUAAGCUUUGGUAGCCUUUCUUCAGUUUAAAAAGGUACAGAGAUGGCUUUGCAUGACUUAGUUAAUCUGAGCUGUGACUAUCUUCUCAACACUAACAAACAAACAAAAAAAAACGGUGUCAGUGGCUGCUCCCCUGACUUGUAGCGUGUGUUCAUCCUGUCCCCUUUGGUGGCAACGACGGGAUCCUCUUUUUGAUGUUUACCUUAUUGCCUAAAGAACAAGCACAUGUGACAAUAGUUAUAGCAACAAAAGGUUUUUCCUCGGUAUUGCAUUUGCGUUGGUUUAUAUUUAGGUAUAGAUUCAUGCAGUGUUUCAGCAGAGAGAGGAGCUUGCGUAUUGAUCUUGUGUAUUUGUGACAGACCUCCCCUCGUGGUUGCUAUGCUGGUUGCUAUGCUGUAUUGCUAGAACAUGUAGAACGUGGUGCGACGGAGGCAGCCUCCCUCUCGCAGUGCACAGACACAACAGCAGGAAAACAUUCAGGCUGUUAAUACUGACCAGUUUUCACUUUUUUAUUUCAGUUCUGCAGGAUGCCUUUAGGACCCUCACUGUCCUAUGCACUGUGAUAGUAAAGGAUAAACCCAGAGACUCUUUUUAGCCUUUAAGGAUCAAUUAACUCGGAUUACUGUCUCCCUGUCUUGUGCACUGCCAGUGUCGACACUGCCUCCUCCUGUAGUGGAGUCAUCUGUGAUGAAGUUUUCAUAGUUUACACAGGGUGUUGUCAGUUGAGAUGCCUUAAGUAUUUAACAAUCAUAAUUUAUUACUAACUGUAGAUAUUGUGGGUAUGUAUUUAAUUUUAUAUAGUUUUUUUGGGGGAGUGGGGGGGGGGGGCGACUGAAUCAUAAUUUAUUUAUUUAGAAAUAACACAAAAUGCUAUGAAAAAAAACUAUUACCUCAUUUUUGCAUUGUUUUAAAUGGGAAUGCUUUGCAUGCAGUUGUAUUUUUUGGAACACUAAAGUUAAAGAAAAAAAAAAGAUCCCUGCUGUUUGAUCUCCACAAGCUGGCUGUGCGAUGUUUACUGUCCAAGGCUGAGCUACUGAGCCCGCUCUCCGUCUCUCUCUCUCUUUCCUCUUAUAGGAAUGCUUCACCGGUAUACUGAUCAUUUGUCGAUUGCUCAUACUGUGUUACCUUGAAUUCUUAAAGAAAACAUUGUUUUUCUUGCAUACCUCCAAGUGGAGUACCCAAAAAUUUAAAAGAUUUCUGACAAAUUAAAGUAAAUGGAGCCGUGUUUAACACCUGCAGAACUAUAUAAAAACAUCAAUUUUCAAACACUCAAAUUGUGCAAUAAACUAAAGUCUCACUUAUCCAGUCGUAUGCUCACUACUUCCUAAACACAUGCAUUUUUGCUAAAAUUGUUCUAUUUAACGGAGCCAUAUGAAAAACUCACUUUUUCAAUGCUUGUGCAUAUAUUUGGAUAUCUGAAGUGGCCACCAACUCAUAAACUGUGAAAUUGGACAACCCAGUCAGUUUUUUUGUGAGCUACGUAGAUCAGAAAACAUGAGAUUCAACAAGCCAAUUAUAUCUGGCUCCCCUUCCUAUGUCAGACAUAGCCUCAUUAGAACUGCGUAUUUCCACCCACAUAUUGAGACCUGAUUAUGGCUAGAAAGAUCUGUCUUGUGUAAAUAUCACGGCACAUUCUUAUAAUCGGAAUGGCUUGAGGCAUGAACAUGCCUCUGAUUAGCUCACUCUGAUAUUCUUACUCUAACCUCAACCAAUCUCACUCCUCAUGACAAACUCUUGUGAGAGUUUUAGACAAGAUGGGACAUAUUUUUCUCUUAUAGAUACACGCGCUAUACAGGCCCUGUUUAUUCAGGUUUAUUCAGACAGACAGUAUGAGAAAAAUAAUGUGUUCUUUUUUUUUACUAUACAGCAUGUAAACAUGCUGUAAAGUAUGCAAAAUGCUAAUACAAACUGGACAAAAAAUAGCAUAAUAUGCCCCCUUUAAAACACUAAAACCAGUAUGUCAGAUAGCUUAUGAGGAAGUGUUUUAAAUAGUAAGAUUUUGGCAAGAAUGCAUGUAUUUAAGUACUAAGCAUACAACUGAAUACACUGAGUAUACUGCACAAGUGUGUGUUAGAGGUUGCAAAAAGGGGUUUUGAUAUAGUGUUCCUGUUGUUAAACGCGGCUUCCAUUUACUUACAUAUUUUAGAUCCUUUGUUCACUUUGGCGGCAUGAAACAAAAACAGUAGUAAAGUUCUUUUCUUCAAACAUCGAGGUAGGACAGGUUGAAUUAUUCAUCACACAGGGUGUAAUGGUACAAAUGGUCAAUUUAAGGAUGAUUUAUUCCUUUAAUCUCUCUCUAUCUCUGUCUCUUUCUCAUGUGGUGCUGUGGAUCUUGGUUACAUUCCAUUCAAUGCAAUUCCUCUGAUCCCCCAUGCUGUGAUGUAGUGGACGAACUGCAAUGAAGUGAUUUUUGUUUUUGUUUUGCACUCACUUGUUUAAAUAUGGGAACCCUCUCACUGGCAAAAAAGUUAGUUUAGAUAAUUUAAUAUUAUCACUAAGAACUCAAGCUUUUAUUUCGUAAUGCUCUGCUUCUCACAAUGCACUAUGGGUCUUAAUAACGAUCAUCUGUGAAGCAUGUUCCUUCGCUUUAACUCGUUGUAUCUUUUGAUUUUCAUCUCUCUGGUGUUUCUCUUCAGUUUGUAGAUUUAAGCAUAACAAGUGCCUCGCUUUAGGAGAUAUUACCAUACUACUGAAACCAUUAAUAACAAUCAAUCCAUGAAGCCACCAUGCCUUAUUGGUUGCAUAAUUAAAAAGAGUCGUGAAGGAGCUAUGACCACAUAUGACAGGUGUCUACAAAAGCCAUUAUCCUCGAAAUUGAAGUCAAACUGUCCAAACUAGUUGUUGGUUUGUAGAACUGGAGCGUUAAAUAUUGUGGAAAUUGUUCUGUCUAUGAAGAGGCAUGUUUCACUGUGGGCUUUACAAAUACUUCAGUAAUCCUUCUUUAAUUAUGUUUAUCUUCUAUCUUUUUUUUUAUUUUACCGUCCAUCUCUCCUCUCAGAAUCUAUCCUCUGUUUCCUUUCACAGUCUAAAAGGAAGGCAAGGAUUUUAAAGCACAACCUUUUCUAAAAAUGCAUGUUUUCUCAGGUUUCAAUAUAGUCUCAAUGGUUUAAUAUUAUAUGGUGAAAAUAUAUACAAAGAAUAUAACUGAAAAAAAUAAAUUAAUUUUUGCUGUUUGAAACUGAAAAACAAAACUGAAGAGAAAAUAUCCCAAAAAGUGCCAGUGAAAGGGCUGCCGCCAUCCUUGUAUGAAACUCUGCUGUUUAGCUGUGACUGCGCAAUGUUUUUCAAUAUAGGAUAUUUUAUCUGAAAAUAGAACUAUUUAUCAUUAAUAUUAAAGCAAUAGCGCAUUAAUGGUGAUGAGUGUGUUGAUGAAGAAAUGGAUGAGCAUAUUAUGGGUAAAUGUUAGAUUCACAUGUGGUGGAAUUUUGUACUUUAUUUAUUAUUACUACUAAUAAUAAUGAUAAUGAUUUCGAAAGUUGCAUUGCUAAACCCAAACUGUUCUGUUUUUUAAUUUUAAUUUUAUUUCAUGGCUUGUAUAUUAUCCUUUUGUAUGUGCUCUUUUUGUAAUAAAUUGGAUAAAA